CUUCCCUCACGCCUUUCCUAUUCAGUCCGGGUGACACGUGUAUUUUACACACAUAAUGUUUACAAGGAAACAAGUGUAUUUUACACACAUAAUGUUGAAAGAAGGAAUUCGGGGGUGUAGGUUUUAUUAUACGUGAUUUUGAUGGUAGCCUGAGGGAGCCGUUCAGAUGCGGGCUCCUGGUAUGGUCUCCAUCCUUGCGACAGGAUUAUAUGCGUUGAAGGCUGGCCUUCUUUUCGCUAUUGAUGCCUCCUUUACACCUCUGAUAGUUGAAUCCGAUUGUCUGAAUGCUGUAAACAUGAUCAAUAGUGGAGAUGUCUGGUUUGCUACAGAGGGGGGGUCGAGUGGAGGAAAUCCGAAGGCUGCUGCACCAUAAUCCGUCGGUGACUGUUCGGCAAUUCCCUCGCCCUGCUAAUAAGGUGGCUCAUCGGAUUGCCAAGUUUAGUUUGCGGGACAGAGAUCUCUCAUACUGGCUGGAGUCCGGGGGCCAUGACUCAUGGAUUGUAUCCAGGAUGAUUGUCUUUCUUUAUAAUAUUGAUUUGUCUCUGUAAUCGGAAACAAUUGUCAAAGUCUUCUACAUUUACUCAGAAGGGGCGGUUAUGUUUUGUGUACUGGUGCAAGUAGUUAUCCUACAGCAUGGAUCUGGAAUCUAGAUCAACACACCAUAAUAAUAGCUCAUUGACCAACUCCAAAAUUACUUUGUUUGUGCUGACCUUAACUGAGCACUAGUAGCUGGUGAUGUGGUGCACUCUAGAGACCGGACAUAGAAAUACGUGCAGAUUAAAACGUUGUGCAAACCAAGACGUGGCAUUCAAUGGCACUAAAUGAGGUAGUUGUUCAAUGAGGCUGAAGCCCUCUUCCACAUGCAUGUAAUGUAACAGACAAGAAUAUAAAUCACUUAGCAAGGCUUCUACGACUCAUUUCAGAAGCAGAUCAUGGAGAAAAGGGCUUCUACACAAGCUGCUGUGCCACUGAUGAUGCUGCUGCUGCUUUUGUGGUUGUUUGUGUUCCCAGCACUGGCUUGCCCAUCGGACGGCAGUCAGUGUGGAGACUGUGUGGCUAAUCAGAUGAAGUUUGGAUGCCCAGAAUGCACGCCGGUUCUGCGGUGUAUGGCUCGAUGCUUGUGGAGGGGAAGCUCAAGGGCCAACUGUGUCAAGAGGUGUAACUGUGGUUCUGGUGGCAAACCUAAUCUCUCUGACUGCAAGAAAUGCAUGUUGCGCUGCAAGUGCAGCUGCAUGUCAUAGAUAGAUGACUUCCCAAGAAGCUGUGUGUCUCUAUGUGUCUACUUGUCCCAAAUUUUAUGUAUCUCCAGCUUAUUGAAAAAUCUCUUUAUAUGGUUUGUGAAU